AUGCCGUCGAUUGCCAACGCUAGCGACAAUGGCGAGUUGAAGCAGAGGCAGCCGGAGCAGGAGCUGGUCUGCGUCACGGGGGGCGGAGGCUUCAUCGGCUCCUGGGUCGUGAAGGAGCUCCUCCUCCGUGGCUACCGCGUCAGGGGAACCGCCCGAGAUCCUGCUUAUCUAAUGGCGCGCGCGUUUGCAUUGGUUUGUGAAGCUGACCGCAAGAACGCGCACCUGCUGGCUCUGGAGGGCGCCGAGGAGAGGCUUACCUUUUUCCGCGCCGACGACCUCGUGCCGGUCGCCGUUGAGGCAACCAGAAACGUGAUCAGAGCUGCAGCGGACGCUGGCGUGCACCGUGUGGUGUUCACUUCGUCCUACGGCGCCGUGCACAUGGACCCCAACCGCGGCCCGGACGCCGUGCUCGACGAGACGUGCUGGAGCGACUACGAGUACUGCAAAAACACAGGGAACCUGUACUGCUGCGCCAAGAUGAUGACGGAGAUAACGGCGACGGAGGAGGCGGCCAAGAGGGGCCUAGAGCUGGCAGUGGUGGUGCCGUCUAUGACCAUGGGCCCCAUGCUUCAGCAGGCGCUCAACUUCAGCAGCAGCCACGUCGCUCGCUACCUCACCGGCGCCAAACCCACCUACCCUAACGCCAUCGCCGCCUACACCGACGUCCGUGACGUCGCCCGGGCCCAUGUCCUUGUCUACGAGCACCCCGAUGCACACGGCCGGUACCUCUGCAUCGGCGCCGUGCUGUACCGUGCGCACUUCCUCCAGCUCCUCGGUGACCUCUUCCUGCAGUACCACAUAACCGCCAAGUACGAGCGCAAUACGAUCGAUCUUAUUUGA